UAUCUGAUAUUUUGCCUAAUACUUGAUAGAAAAGGAGCCGCUGACGGCGCGGCGCCUCGUUUCUCGUCUCGAACGUGAACAACGCUAACUCGCUAGCCGGCCGAGGAGCGAAACUAUAGACGCUUGCUAAUUAAUUUAGCCGCUGUACGCGAAGCGAGACGUGUCCCUACAGGUGUGUGUUUUAGGGGUGCAGAGGCUGGUUUGCGUCUGUGGACCGUGUUGCCUGAACGAGCUCGGCUUAGCCAACAUCACGGUGAAUGUGUCCAGACAGCUGUUUAACUCAUCAGGCAGCUCAGCGGCUCCGGCUAACUUUAACUUCGUUUUCUGAGAGGUUUGGUUACUAGCCCCAAAUUUAGGUCGCUGUCGUGCAGCAAACUGAAAUGUUUUCAUAUUUAAGUGACGUUUAGCUGCUAUUUUCUGUAUUUCACACAUUCCUCUUUUUGAAAACGCAGCCAUUCAGGAACUUACGAGGUGCGAGUCGGCUGCCUUGAUAGAAUCUUGCCGUUCCACCUUAAAUGGUGCAGCAGUUACACUCUGACGCCUCAGAUUUUACGUGUAACUGUUCUCCCAUUUAAGGUGGAACGGGGAAAAUUCGAGCCAGAAGCUGGCGAAUAGGGGGCUGGCUUCAGCCUCGUCAGGAAUUUUAAUCCAAAAAUUGCAGCUUUCCCGGUCAGGCAGUGAUAGCCUGUAGCAUCGGCUGGUUGUCUUUGUUAUUGUGGAAUAUUUAGCAUAUGCUAUAAGCUAAAUGACCCACACCAACAGCCAGCUGCUCUCCCUUUAGAUUAAUACUGAGCGCUGGAAUUAAAACCCAUGUUCUCCAGUAACGUGUGCAAAGUUACACGUGGCUGAGUGUCUUACUGUACAGCGGCUGACUGUAAACGUGUGAAUGGUCUGUUACCUAGCUGUUAUAUUUGGCGUUAGUUUUUAUUCCCAGUCAUGCAGUGAAUCUGACGUGGCGCAUAUUCAUGAGCUUGACUAUUUGCGCGCUGACACUCUGUUUAUGGUGUGAUUUGGGGUUUACUGUCCUAGAGCUUCUCACAGAACCUGCGGUUUCUGGGUUUGUUUUCGGUUCCCUCAGCUGUCACGCCAUGCCACACGUUCAUAUCCGGUGUAGUUGUUUGCUUUUGCCACAGUACAUCUGUGUGGUCGCCUAAUACUCCUUUUCUUUUAUAUGAGCCAGAGAUGUGUGAUGAACCCUGCUCAUAAAACCGGGGAAACCCAGCCAUUCACAAUGAGCAGUGACCUGAACGUGCCAAUGGGAUCCUCGACUGCCGGGAUGUCCGACAGGCUCCAGGACGGAGGCGGGAUGGACUACAGGGACUGGGUCCGUCGCAGCUACCUGGAACUGGUCACCUCCAACCACCACUCUGUCCAGGCUCUCUCCUGGAGAAAACUCUACCUGAGCAGGGCCAAGCUUAAAGCCUCCAGCCGUACUUCAGCCUUGCUCUCUGGCUUUGCCAUGGUGGCCAUGGUGGAGGUGCAGCUGGAGAUGCAGUAUAGCUACCCACGUGUCCUCCUCAUUGCCUUCAGUGUGUGCACGACAGUGCUUGUGGCCGUGCACCUCUUCGCGCUGCUCAUCAGCACCUGCAUCCUGCCCAAUGUGGAGGCGGUCAGCAACAUCCACAACCUCAACUCGGUCUCAGAGUCGCCCCACGAACGCAUGCACCAGUACAUCGAGCUGGCCUGGGGCUUCUCCACAGCCCUGGGUAUACUGCUUUUCCUGGCCGAGGUGGUGCUCCUCUGCUGGAUCAAGUUCCUGCCGGUGGACUCGGGGGCUUCCCCGAAGCUGAACUGUACCGGCCCGGCAGCCCCACAGCCAGGCCAUAGCGGCUGGCAAGCGGCAUUGGCCUCCACCAUCAUCAUGGUACCUGUGGGCCUCAUCUUCGUAAUCUUCACCAUCCACUUUUACCGCUCGCUGGUGCGCCACAAGACGGAGCGCCACCACCAGGAGAUCGAGGAACUGCACAAGAUCAAGGUGCAGCUGGAUGGCCAUGAGAGGGGGCUACAAGCAGUGUGAGCAUUUGAUCUUCAGGUUUGUUUUUUUUUUUUUUUCCCCUCUUUCUUUGAUGUGGCACCAUUUGUCACGCCUUCAAGCGCCUUGGUUCACAGCCUUUUAGCUCAUAGAAGCCAGUUCCCCAAUGAGUGCUUUUAAAUGCAGAAUAUGCAUAAUGUUUUGCCAUAAUUUAUCACAUGCAACAGUCUGGACAGUGUCUUAUUCUGCCUUGUGUAAAGAAAUGUGAUGGAGAGAUAGGAGGCGCUUUAAAGGAGGGGAAAAAUACAGGCAUGUUUACAGAAUUUUACAUCAAGGGCUAUUUUGUUUUCCUUUUGUUUAGUUAAUCUUCUUCAUUUUUCUAAUGCUUUUCAAGUGUGUGCUGUCUUCUAUUGCUAUGCCUCAAGACCCAGAGAAUGUUACACUAUGUUUUAAGCUUUUUUCCCCUUUGGAGUUGGCUGGUAUUUGGGUGGUGUGUAAAGGUGUGCAAAAAUUUGGUCAGAGAACUGACAAAAACAAGGGUAAGAAAGCAGAAGACUUUGUUACACUAAUAACUAAAAACCUUUAGGCUCACUGCCAGAGUAACUGAGUCAGAUAUGCAAUGAUUAUUAAUCGCAGGGCUGUACCGGCUGAGCUUCCAUUUGGUGGUGAAAUAUGUUGUUUAUUACUUACCAAGCGUUUUGACCUUUUUUAUACUUUGGAGUCAAGAUUCAUGUUCCAUAUUCAUUCUUUGUAAAAUUGCAGAGGACCAUUUAACAGCAAGAAAUGUCUUAAGUGAGUUUUAAAUUAAGCAGCUCUAGCUAGUAGUGUGAACUUCUGUAUUUCUAGGCCAUGACAACCUUUAUGCAGUCAGUUUUACAUUUUUAAGCACAAAGCAGAAUUAUAGUCCAGUAGAGUUUUUGUCUAUUUGCAUAUCGUGCUUAGUGCCAUCUCAUUUCACUGCUAGAAGUUUACAUUAGGCUUACUGUGGCAGAACAUACAUGCUUUAAAAAACCUAGGGUUAAACUUGUUGUACAGAGAGCUUGCACUUUAAAUGGGCCCGAUUACGAAACUGCCUACUUCAGAGAUUAAAGUGAAAUUGCAUUUUGAUUUUUGAGGUUAGACCUAAUGGAUCUGCUUCGUGAACUGUAUAAUGCAGUGAUUCAAGUGGGCAGAGUUUGCCAAGCUCUAGAUGCUUCCUCCAAAAAACCUUUAAAUAAACCAUCAGUUUAUAUAACAGGAAAAUGUGAGGAUGACAUUCCAAAAAAAAAAAAAAAACACGAGUUUUACCAAGAACUGACUGCCUUACUGCAAAGACAUGAAGUGCACUUGUGGUGUCAUUCAUCACAUCAGACUUGUUUGUUUAUGAAGUAUAAAUAAUGGUUUGGUGAUUUACAGUAGUAUUUUGUGAAGCAUAAUCUCAGUCACAUCAGGUUUCUUCAUUUUUGCUGCCACUCGAGUCUUGUGUUACAUUAUUACUGUGGUUACAAAACCUCAAAUCUCCAAAAUGGUAACUAUAGGAACAUUCUUAACUUGAAUGGAUGAUAAUAUAAGAAGAUUUUAUUGGAAGUCAUUUUGAACCAUUUCUAUUGGACGACUCAUCAUGAAAUGUUAACGUAAUUGGCACCGGUUGCAUUUGCUGUUUUCUAAUGACGGAACAAAAUGAAAACAGAGGAAAUGCAUUCGAAGGUUUUCAUGUGACAGCAACUAUGGAAAUACCUGCUUCAUUCACGCAUUAGGUCAACUUUGUCAUGCUUUGUGAAAUAUUGCUUUGCUGUUGUAUUUAUUGAGCUCAUGUAAUGAGCAGGGAUCACUUUUAGUCUUUCACAUCCCAGUUGUAUGAACAUUUGGAAGAUCAUCUAAGAUCAGCAGUCUGAGGCAGUUUAAACAUGUGGGCCCAGUAUACACUAUAACACUGAGUACUGUACGCUUUAACAUUUGAGUCGAAACUCAGACCACCUCGUGCAUUUGCGUCCUCUUGGCAUCAAUGGCUGAAAAGAGGAAAACUGACCAAAAUGAAGUACUUGCAUAGCGAAGGCUUGUGGACUUUACAAAAGUACCAAUGCCUUUGAGCAGUUUGCUUUUGAAUAUUACUUCACUUCAGUGUGCCACACACCAUGGUGACCACACAAAACAAGAAAUGGACGUCCUGUGAAAGCUGACAUAAUGUAUUCUCAUGCACAAUAUGUAACCAGUCUUUUUGUGGGGUGGCAUGUCUUUUUCACAUCCCUUCUGUGUAAUUGUAUGUUAAUUUAUGUCAAAUAAACACCUUAUUUUGUUUACUUUCAA